CACCGCAUCGACCGCACCUCGCCGCUCUACCGCUACACGCCGCAACACUUCGCCAACAACAGUUACGAAAUAACUAUAAGCUUGAAGGGAGCAUCAGCGUCAAUGGGCACAUUCACGCAAAGCCAAACGUCGUAUGUACCGCGCGAGGUGUUGUGGGGACAUCGCUUCCCCUCUGUCGUCAAAUAUGACCCUCGUAAGCAGAAGUACGUGGUGGAUUAUUCCAGUCUGGAUGUAACACAAGCGGUAGAUACUCCUCAAUGCAGUGCAAGAGAACUUUACAGAUCCAGUGCGUCCAGCAAGGAGAGCGCGUGUCCUGGUACUCCGGGCAGCUUCAGUGAGAAACUCUCCACAUUCCAUCUUGAAAGGACUUCCUCUUUUAAAAGGAGGGAUAAAUCUUAGAGUUAAGUAAUUUUAUGCGAUUUCUAUUAUUUUUGACCGACUUCCCAAAAGAAGGAGGUACUCAAUU